GUAUCAUACAGUAGUGAUGCAGACUUCUAAUCAGAAGUUUAGUUUACGGUUCGGUUCUUAUUUUCUCAAUAACUUUCAUGUUAUCGAAGCUUAAGCUUUCAAGUUUAACGUACGUCUGUAAGUAAUUCAAUUUGUGCAACAUGUUGAUUUUGACUUUGGCAUUGCUCCUGUUGUUUGUCGUAAUUCGUAAACGACGACAACAGAUGACGGUAUUUGAAAGACUGCGCAUUCCCGGUCCGAAACCAAAUUUUAUUUUCGGAAAUUUAAUUGAUAUUGGUCGUGAGGGACUGAACAGCUUAUUCCCGAAGUGGACAAAGAAAUAUGGACCUAUUGUCGGUUUCUAUUUUGGCGGACGACCUCAAUUAAUGAUCACCGACCUGGAAUUGAUUCGCCGCGUGUUGGUUAAAGAUUUUCACAAAUUCUGCGAUAGAAGUCAAUGCAUACCGGGCGGUGUUCAUCCUGUUCCAGUAUUACAAAAUAUGAUUGUUUGGUCUAAUUUUUACGCUUGGAGGAACUUACGUGCCUCAAUAUCACCGUCAUUUUCAUCCUCAAAUCUGAAUGCUAUGGAGCUAUUAAUGAUGCCUUCAAUUGACAAAUUGGUCAGCGAACUUGAUGAUCAAGCGAAAUGUGGCGAAGAGUUCAAUGUGAAACCAUUCAUUUAUGAUUUUACGUUUUCGCAUGCGAGCAAGUGCGUUUUUGGACUUGACCUUUCAUUGAAAAAAUUGACCAGUGAAGUUAAAGGAUUCUUAGAAGUUGCUACGCCGCGCCUAGAUAAGUCAUUAUUAGCAAAGAUAUUGGUGUUGUUUCCGUCACUUUCUUUUAUAGCAUAUCCGCUGAGGGUUUGGUGGGAACGAUUUCGGUUUUAUAUGUUAUGGUCAUCAGAAGGUUUAUGUUACAAAGUCGUGAAAAAAAUAGUCCAAAAUCGGAAAGAUACAAACGUUCAGUCGGUUGAUUUUUUGCAAUUAUUGAUGAAAACAAAAAGAGUUAAGGCAUCCGGUCAUACGGAUUUGGAGAUGUCAUCCGAGGAAGUCAGGUCAAAAAAUAAGUUACUGAGCAAAGAAUGGCAUAGUGAAAAUUUAUCAGACGAUGAGAUUGUGACAAAUGCAAUGGUUCUUCUAUUCGGAUCAUAUGAAACAACAGCGGUAACUCUUCAGUGUUGCUUGCACAACUUGGUGACUCAUCAAAACAUUCAAGAACAAUUGAGGACUGAACUUCGAAAAGCUGUGGGCAAUAGACGCGUUACUUUCUCAACUCUUGCCGACGUCCCAUUGCUCAACGGCAUAGUCAAGGAGACGCUUAGAAUGUUUCCGCCUGUAUCAUUGUUUGUGACAAGAGUAGCCAACGAGCAUUACGAAUAUGAAGGUAUUGUCAUACCCAAAGGAAUGCCCGUAUUUAUAGGAGUUUCUUCAAUCCACAAUGAUCCGGAAUUGUGGCCAGAGCCUGAAGAAUUUCGACCGGAGAGAUUUGAAAGUUCUUUCGAUAAAAUGUCGUUUUUGCCAUUUGGCGCUGGCCCGAAAAAUUGCCUUGGAUUGCGAUUUGCUUAUAUGGAGCUUCAACUGACUAUCGCAAAACUCAUAUUGACGUAUCGAUUCGAACCUGGACCAUCAACGGAAAAAAAGAUGAUUCCUACGGAAACGUUCGCAACAUUGGCGCCGAAAAAUGGAGUAUUUUGUAAAAUAACGAGACUCGAAGAAUAAAUAAAUUUUGAAAUG